GCGGGACAAGCGUUCUGAUUAGCUGUAGGCUUAGUUGGGCGCACAGGUAACGUUUAGCCUGGCCGUUAGCCAUCUGUUUGUAAUCAAGGCGUUUACCUGGGAUUUACUCGGGUUAGUUUGGGUCCGUUAAGGGAUUUUGUCGACGGUAAACCUCACAAAAUGUCAACGACAUAUCAGUUUCGUGCCAUUUUUUGGUGCGUAACAGGUAUUUUGGCUUCCUAUGCCCAACAAUGUGGCCGACCAUCGAUAGUGGAGAACCGGAUUGUGGGAGGAAUAGACGCCUCAGAUGGAGCUUGGCCGUGGCAGGUGGAUAUUCAGACGAACAAAGAUGGUCAUAUCUGUGGAGCCUCCAUCAUCACAGAGAGCUGGAUCCUAUCAGCCGCUCAUUGCUUCACCAAUCCAUCCGACGUGAGCCCUUACAUCAUCUACGCAGGCCGGUACCAGCUGAAUGGCUUCAACGGGCACGAGUCAAUGCAUCGUGUGAGCCAGAUAGUGAUCCCGUCCGGUUACAAUGAGCCUCAAAACGGGAAGGAUUUGGCGUUGGUGAAGCUGUCCAGCCCAGUAACCUGGUCCGAUUACAUCCGUCCCGUCUGCUUGCCCGCCUCUGGCACCCUGUUCACAGUUAACAUGCAGUGCUAUGUCACCGGCUGGGGGAACGUCCGGGAUGAUGUCCCUCUGACAGGAGCCGGGACUCUGCAGGAAGUGCAGGUGCCAAUCAUCACCCAGAGUUCAUGUCAGGAGAUGUACCGGACGGACCCGAAGGAGCAGGUGGACAUCAUGUAUGACAUGAUCUGUGCUGGAUACCAGCAUGGCGGCAAGGACUCCUGCCAGGGCGAUUCAGGAGGUCCCCUCGUCUGCCAGAUGGUGAAUGGGACCUGGGUGCAGGCUGGGGUGGUGAGUUUUGGACUGGGCUGUGCUCACGUAAACAAGCCAGGUGUGUAUGCCAGACUGACCUCCUACACGAGCUUCAUCACCAACACGGUACCAGAGCUUCAGCUGUACGGCCGAGCUGAGCAGAACUGGUGUGGGAGGGCUGCCAUGUUGGUCAGCUGUCUGUCUGCUCUGCUGAUCCUGCUUCAGAGGUAGAACACUGUGACAACUGGAUUUCUGGGAGGUAGAACGCAAACUAGGCCAAAUGAAGGAGAUUAAUUAUAUGUGUGACUUAAGUCAGACAAAAGUUAUCCUGAAUAGUAAAAUUAGAAAAACUACCGGACGUGCACAUGAAGCCAUAUCGGACAUGAAAUGUAAUAUAAUCUUCAUUUUUAGAACUAUAACUUUGCAUUAUGAUCUUUUGAGUAAAAGUAAUUUUGAUAGGUUUGUACUUUAAAUUACAAUUAUGAGCUAAAUAAAUAAUGUGUUCUGUAUUUGAAAUAAAUUGUUAAUUUGAUUCUUAAAAUCAGGUCAGUGCUCUGUUCAACUUCUGAUAGCUGAGUUUGGAAAUGUUUUACAAGUAUCGUGUUGUUUAUGGAUCAAAGUUUUUUUUUUUUAUGUUUUAUAUCCACCUCUAAUGCACCCACUUACAAAUGUAAAUACUAGGGCUGUCAAACGAUUAACAUAUUUAAUCGUGAUUAAUCGUAUGAUGGUCCAUAGUUAAUUGCCAUUAAUCGCACAUUUGUAUCUGUUCAGAAUGUACCAUAAUGAGCGUGAUUUAUGCUCCUUCACGACAAGCUAGUAUGACAUUCUUGGUACCAAUGGAUUCCUUAGAUUUUCUAGUUCUUCACUCUAGCUUUAAAACUGAGCCCGCUACAACCGAAAAAAUCAAAGUAAAUUUGCAUUAACGCGUUAUCAUGUUAACUUAGACAGCCCUAGUUAAUACUAAAGUGGCUGCCUUUGAAACAACAAAAUGUUUUUUGAAACAAUUACCUCAUUUUCAGUCCACAUUUCUGAAAUGGAAAUUAUUUCAUCCCUUUGUUGUUUCUUUUAAAUGCAUUAAGGUCAUUUUUAAGUGUCCUUCCUCACGGAGAACCAACUUAAUCUCAGUUUAAAUUGCUCAUUUUACUGUAGUUCAUUAAAUAUCCAGAGGCAGAGACAUGUGAUGACACAGUUUUCUUUAUUAUAAAGAAAGUGCAGCAUGUCGUAAUGGUAAAAAAAAGACUGCUUGGUAGUGCCUAUUAAAAAAAGCUAGCUUUUAAAUUAAUUUGAUAAGUCUUCAGUCAAGGUUUUCAUGCUAGAAAAAAAAAAAAAAAAA